AUGGAGCCUAUCUAUGAUUCCUUCAUCUGUCCUUUAACCAAGCAAGUCAUGAAAGAUCCUGUCAGCUUGGAAAACGGCCAGACGUUCGACCGGGAGGGGAUCGAGAGAUGGUUCAAGGAAUGUAGGGACAGUGGGAGGAAGUUAGUGUGUCCAAUGACGCAGAAGGAGCUCAAGAGCAUUGAGCUGAACCCCAGCAUAGCUCUGCGACAUACCAUCGAAGAGUGGACCGCUAGGAAUGAAGCUGUUCAGCUCGACAUGGCGAGAAGGUCGUUGAAUUUGAGCAGUCCAGAGAGCGAGAUUCUUCAGUCGUUGCAAUAUAUUCAAUAUAUCUGUCAGAAGAGUCGGUUAAACAAGCAUGAUGUGAGGAACAACGAGCUGAUACCGAUGAUUGUUCUUAUGUUGAAGAGUAGCAGUAGGAGAGCAAGGUGUAGGGCGUUGGAGACUCUGCGAAUUGUGGUUGAAGAUGAUGCUGAUAAUAAGGCGAUAUUGGGGGAAGGCGACACAGUCCGCACAAUUGUGAAAUUCUUGUCACAUGAGCAAUCUAAAGAGAGGGAGCAAGCUGUCUCGUUGCUAUAUGAGCUCUCCAAAUUGGAAGCUUUGUGCGAGAAGAUCGGUUCAGUGAAUGGAGCGAUUCUGAUAUUGGUUGGAAUGACUAGCAGCAAGUCUGAAAAUGUUGCUACUGUUGAGAAGGCUGACAGAACACUGGAGAAUCUGGAGAAGUGUGAGAACAAUGUCCUGCAGAUGGCUGUAAACGGUAGACUGCAGCCUCUUCUGAAUCACAUUCUUGAAGGUCCACUGGAAACCAAGCUCUCAAUGGCAUCUUAUCUCGGCGAGCUAGUUCUCAACAAUGACGUCCAAGUUUUUGUGGCCAGAACUGUUGGCUCAUCUCUAAUCACCAUCAUGAGAAGUGGCAAUCCACAGUCGAGAGAAGCUUCACUGAAAGCUCUGAACCAGAUUUCGUGCUGCGAGAAAAGUGCCAGAAUCCUUAUCGAGGAAGGAAUCCUCCCACCACUCGUCAAGGACCUCUUCACCGUGGGUUCCAAUCAACUCCCCAUGCGUCUCAAAGAAGUCUCCGCCACAAUUCUCGCCAAUGUGGUCAACUCAGGGUAUGAAUUUGAUGUGAUCCAGGUUGGUUCAGAUCAUCAGACACUGGUUUCAGAAGAGAUAGUUCAUAAUUUGCUCCAUUUGAUCAGCAACACGGGACCCGGUAUUGAAUGCAAGCUUCUCCAGGUUCUGGUUGGGCUGACGUGUAGUCAAGCCACUGUUUUGAACGUGGUAGCUGCUAUCAAGAGCUCGGGAGCUAUCAUCAGCUUGGUUCAGUUCAUAGAAGCUCCACAGAAGGAUCUCCGGCUACCUUCCAUCAAACUUCUGCAGAAUUUGUCCCCUCACAUGGGACAAGAGCUGACAGAUGCACUGCGUGGCACGGUGGGCCAGCUUGGGAGCUUAAUCCGAGUGGUGUCGGAAAACUUGGGGAUCACAGAAGAGCAGGCUGCUGCUAUUGGUCUCUUAGCCGAGCUCCCUGAGCAAGAUUUAGGCCUCACUCGACAGAUGCUGGACGACAGAGCGUUCGAGCUGAUCUUCUCCAGAGUGGUGAAGAUCAGACAGGGUGAGAUUCGUGGGACCCGAUUUGUAACCCCAUUUCUCGAGGGACUGGUCAAAGUCCUUGCUCGGGUCACAUUCGUGCUGGGGGAAGAGCACGAUGCUGUGUCGUUUUGCCGCGAGCACGAGCUGGCUCGCUUGUUCAUUGAGCUGCUUCAGUCCAAUGGUCUCGACAAUGUUCAAAUGAGCUCAGCCGUGGCAUUGGAGAAUUUGUCCCAGGAGUCCAAGAACCUGACCAAACUGCCUGAUCUGCCCACCCCGAGCUUCUGUUCGUCGGUCUUCCCAUGUUUCAGCAGACCACCCGUGAUCACCGGGCUGUGUAGGCUCCACCGGGGGACAUGUUCCUUGAAGGAGACGUUUUGUCUGUUGGAAGGUCAGGGGGUCGAGAAACUGGUGGCCCUGUUGGAUCAUAACAACGAGAGAGUCGUCGAGGCAGCUCUUGCUGCUGUUUGCACGCUUCUGGAGGACGGUGUGGACAUCGAGCAAGGGAUGAAAGUGUUGUGUGAGGCGGAAGGGAUUCGACCGAUCAUCGAUGUGUUGGUUGAGAAGAGGACGGAGAAUCUGAGGAGGAGAGCUGUGUGGGCAAUGGAGAGGUUGUUGAGGUCCGAGGAGAUCGCGUACGAGAUUUCUGGGGAUAACAAUGUCGGGACUGCCCUCGUUGAUGCAUUUCAGCAUGCUGAUUACAGGACGAGGCAGAUUGCUGAGCGUGCGCUGAGACAUGUAGAUAAGAUACCCAACUUUUCUGGGGUGUUUCCCAACUUGGGUGGCGGUUGA